AUGUCAAAUCUUGCAAAGCUUGAAUUUGCAGCCCUUGAUAUUUCGAGGAAGAAUUAUUUAUCAUGGAUUUUAGAUGCUGAAGAUAAAGCUAAAGCUAUGAUUUUCUUUCGUCGCCAUCUUUAUGAAGGGUUGAAAAUUGAAUACCUUACUGUAAAAGACCCUUCUGUAUUGUGGAAAAAUUUGAAAGUAAGAUAUGACCACCAGAAAAUUGUGAUUUUGCCAAAAGCUCGUUAUGAUUGGAUGCAUUUACGGUUGCAAGAUUUUAAAACUGAUGGAGAACUUCAUACUUCAAUUGCACCAGCUAAUGAAAUUUUGAAUGCUCAAAGUGGUACCACAACCAACAUGGAACUAGUAUCAACAAAAACGACAUUUUUUGGAUCAUUUGGGAUGAUCAACAUGGCAUAA